AUGGAUUUCUUGGGCGGGUUUUUUAGCGUUGGUUUAUCCCUUGCUGGCAUUGACAUAUUUCCAGAUUUGUCCUUUUAUAAUCCUUUGGUAUUACUGGUGCGUUUAGAAAUGUUCUUCAGUGGAGGGUUAGGCGCUGUUAUAAAAAAGUACACGGAAAUGCAAGUUGAAGAUUCUGAUGGGGAAAAACUGGACUACUUUUCAGACGUGAUACCUGUUGCAUGCCCACGUUCAAAGACAUUGGUUCCUCGAAAUCCCUUCGGAUGUGCUUCUGAAAGACAUGCUGAAAUCCGCCGUACAUCCCUUUUAAAGAACCGUAAAUGUGUCCUCCAGAACCGUAUUAAAAGCUCAACGUUAGUCCCAUCAUCUAGCCGAGGAUCUGGUGCUAACAUCACAUGUAGGCGGCGAAUUAUAGCUCCUAUAGAGGAGCUCAAGUACGCUUUGGCACGCGGAACUACGGGGCCUUCUUUGCUCCGAUCAUCUGAUCGAGGACGCGGUGCACAUAAACGUCGCAGGUCGCUAUCGUCAAACCUCCGGACUUUAAUGCCCAUAGAGGAGUUUGAACCCAAACUUCGGGUUCACAUCAAACGAGCAUCUUCAUUCUCCCUACCCGAUAGAGAUCGUAUGGGCUACGGAACCACUUCGUCGGAGCGCCAAACACCGUCCACAAGCGAAGAAAUUGAGAACGCGUCUUGGGUUGCUAUUAACAGACGACCCUCGAGUUUUCAACGACACCGCGUGCUCGGUACUCCUAAAUGGUUCAAUCCAUUAAGCACCUCCUCUACUGUGGAUACAUGUUGCGAACCACCUCUAAAGCGCCCUCUGUUGAGUCGAUUUAAUUUAAGCCGGAUGGAGAGGCUUUCCAGUGGCCUUAAGGGUAGUAUUUCAUCAAAAGAUCGUGUCUUAUCCUGGAUUCUUUCUCAACCCGUAUACGGCUCAUCGGGCGGCCCCGUCCUCUGUCGACUUCCGCGGACAGGCAUAAGAAAAGAUCGAUCAAGCAUGCUUAGCUUCGAUUUCAGCACUGAUAUAACACCUUCGACAAUCAAUCAAGCAACCUUCAGUGAGUCGCUCCGUGCCAUUGCAGAAGAUGGCACCGACGUAGGCUUUUACGAGUGUUCUGUCAAUGCCGACACCAACGACAAAUCCGUCCUGGUUAACACUCGAAGUGAAUACAGUAUCGCCGAUACCGAGUACUGCACAAUCCUCACAUCAAAGUUAGAUAGCCAGUUGAACCUUCUCAACGAAACCAAUGAAUAUACACGAAAGACCAAGGACCAGGUGAUCAAGCGCAUCAUCCGGACACAUCGUGAGUUGGACAACCUAAUUGUGGAGAUAGAGGAGUGGGUAAACACCGAAUCAACCAAAUCUACUCGUCGUCAAUCGCUAAGCGAGUUGGGUUGGUAUCUGGCCAAUGGCGCUGUCCUGGUAGUUGAGCGGAUUUAUGCCAUCACCAGUGCAGAGACCAAAUUCACAGUGAAUACGUUGGAUACUGAUGGAGUGGUGUGCAACCUAGUUUGUGAGCAUUUGUGUGAACGGAAUGUCUCCUACGACAACAAAAAUGUGUCGGAAUUGGCCAUGAAACAAACAAUUGUCUCACCAACGGGAAGUAGUUUCACUACGCACAAAUAUUUCACCGUUCAUGGACAACUGUUGUCUUUGGUGCAAGUGGGCUUGCCUAUCGUAUUCAAGACAGUGGAUCUUCCAUCGCUAGUCACGAAAACCCAGUACCUACCACCUCCAAACAUCACGGACAAUGAUUUCCACUGGAGGGACAACUACAUGCUCUAUUCCAGGUUCCAUGAACGCAAAGAGGAACUAAAGAGUCAGUACCACCUCUACCUCUACAAUCAUCCGGAAUUUGUUGAUAUGGUGAAGGACUUUCUACAAAGCAUUCUUAUGGAGAAGCCCGAGGACACACUAAAUUUUGCUGCAGACUUCUUCACCACCUUUUCGAAGAGACAACUCCUUCCACCACGGCUCAAACGAACGUGA